AUGGGUUUCAUGGAGAAAUUCACUGGUGCUACACCAGCUGCAGACACCGGAGAUACCGAAGCUCAUAGGCCGAAGAAUGCAGCGGAAGCAUCCGGAAACCAGAUCCUCUCCGUUGAGACUGACAGUUCCCGGUUGAGCCUUGAAGCGCGCAACGAGAAGGAGGCCCAGGAACAUCCCGAUCAGGUCACGCGAGAUGCGUAUCUCGGUCAGCAGAGAGCCGAAGCUGCUGCCCUUAUUUGGAGUAAGAAGGUAGUCCUUGCUACCUACGGCUGGAUUUGGGUGUGUUUCUUUAUGAUGGCGCUUCAGUCAGCUCUCAGCAGCACCAUUAUGUUAGCCGCUUAUUCCAGUUUCUCGUCCGCCCCGCAAGUCGCUACGUCCAACAUUUUGUAUAGUAUCAUCGGGGGCGUCCUGAAGCUGCCCAUUGCUAGAAUGCUUAACGUUUGGGGCCGUGCAGAAGGUUUACUCGUCUUCGUCGGAGUCUACACCUUAGGCCUGAUCAUCCUUGCGUCAUGCAAUGGACCUAAUUCCUUCGCCGCCGGCCAAGUGUUCUUUUGGGUCGGGUACAACUCUGUUUACUAUAUUCUCGACGUCUACAUUGCCGAUACCUCUGGCCUGAAGAACAGAGCCUUUGCUUUUGCUUUUGCCAGCACGCCUUUCAUCUGUACUGCCUUCACAGCACCUUUGGCUGGCCAGUCUUUUGUCCGCCACACCGGCUGGCGCUGGGGUUAUGGUGUGUUCGCUAUCGUGGUUCCCGCCACCAUCUCUCCCCUUGCUGUAGUUUUCAAAUACUAUGAGCGAAAGGCCAUCAAGGCGGGUGUUUUCAAACGGGAGCCUAGUGGCCGGAGUGUUGUGCAAUCUAUUGUACAUUAUUUUCAUGAAUUUGAUGUUAUUGGUGGACUCCUCCUGAUGGCCGCUUGGAUCCUUUUGCUGCUGCCAUUCAGCCUGGCAACCUACGGUCGGGCCCAAUACAAAUCCGCAACUUUCAUCGCCGAAAUUGUCGUCGGAUUCUGUCUACUUUUUGUUUUCGCCGCGUGGGAGAAGUGGGGUGCUCGUUCCCAUUUUGUCAGCUACGAGCUGCUCAAGACGCGUACCGUUUUAGGGGCCUGCGGUAUGGCUGCUAUUUCUUUCUUCAGCUUCUACUGCUGGGAUCAAUACUUCAUGAAUUUCUGCAUUGUCGUGUACAACCUCAGCGAGUCCAUGGGAGGUUACAUGGCACAGAUCUACAACGUUGGCUCCACCUUCUGGGGUGUUGCAUUCGGUUUGUGGGUUAGGUGGACCAAACACUUCAAGUACGCUUGUCUGUUCUUCGCGCUUCCCCUCAUGAUCCUGGGUGCCGGUUUGAUGAUUCACUUCCGUGGGGAGGGUGGUGGUGAUAUUGGCUAUGUGAUCAUGUGCCAGAUAUUCAUCGCUUUCGGUGGUGGCUCUAUUGUCCUUGGUAACGAAAUGGCUGUCAUGGCCUCCGCUGACCGUGAAGGUGUACCCAUGAUGCUGGCAAUACUGGGUCUGUUCAACAGCUUGGGUGGUGCCAUUGGCUAUGCCGUGGCCGCAGCUAUCUUCAACAACACCUGGCUCGAUGCUCUCCAGAGCCGUUUACCAAGCGAUAUGCAGUCGCAGGCCAACCAAAUUUACAUUGAUGGUUAUACAGUCCAGGUCAAGUACGCCAUGGGAAGUCCAACCCGUGAUGCCAUUAACUACGCAUGGGGUCGUUCUCAAAUGUACGGAUCAAUUGCCGCCACAUGUCUGCUUGCUCUAGGAAUUCCGUGCAUCGCCAUCUGGAAGAACUACAAUGUCGACAAGAAGCAGAACAAGGGUACUGUUCUUUAA